CUGCCCGGCCCCGCUCGGCCCUGUCCGGCCCGGCCAUCGCUCCCCUCUCCGCCAGAGCCUGCAGCGGGUCCCCGAGGUGGCUGGGCCCAGGGCUGGCGCUGUCUUCGGUCUGUGCAUUGACGGCGAGCGGCUCGUGAUGAGGCUCCGGGUUCUGGUGCUGGUCCCCAGCUGGCCCUCGUCGUAUGGGAAGCCUCCACUCAGAUGUCGGAAGUGAAUCUGGAUUUAUAGUUAAGAAUCCUUUAGCCUGCGCUACGAGGGACACGUGACUUGUCUGCAGUCCCUGGUAACUGGUGCAGGUGACUGUGGAUUGGAUCAGAACGAAGCUGUGCAGCCGACACCUUCGGCCUGGGACCGCUGGAGUUUUUUGUGUGCCCUUGGGAAGCAUGCCUGGAUGAAUGAGAAGUCGGGACAAAGGGAAGAUAAGACAGGAUCGGACCAGCACAAGAACAUAACUUUUAAAACAACUGAAUUUUCUUGAUACUGUAUACCUUUUAAGGGAGGAGGAUGAUCCUGUCUCUGCCCACCAUGACUGUCCUCAUCCCGCUGGUCUCCCUGGCAGGCCUGUUCUACUCCGCCUCUGUGGAGGAAGGCUUCCCAGAGGGCUGCACCAGCGCCAGCAGCCUGUGCUUCUACAGCUUGCUCUUGCCUGUCACCGUACCGGUGUACGUGUUCUUCCACCUGUGGACAUGGAUGGGCCUGAAGCUCUUCAGACAUAAUUAGGGUAGCCGAGGCCCCCAUGCUGGGGCUGUGUGUGGAGUUGUGCUUGAGACAGGAGGUUCCUGGUUGUUGGGUUCUGCCCUCAAGUGUUGCAGAUUUUCCUGUUCAUGCUGUAGCCAAAAACCACUUUCAAUAAAAGGUCUUUCGGGAGAGGAGGAUGAGCAGUCUUCAUCUGAAGACUGUUUCUUCUAAGA